GUAUUGUAGAUCUAUUUAUUCACGGCGGUAGGAUAUUUACUAAAACUCUGCCUGGUCUACCUUCUUUUUUCCUCUGUUGGAAGCCAUGAUGGAAGUUUGAGAGUUCAGCUGGGAGAGAAUCGCGAAAAGAUGAUUCCUCGGACGAAGCUAUUACAUAUUAUCCCUUGAAACAGUAACCGCUACAUAUUUUAUUUAAAACUAAGGUGGAGCCUGUCACUUUCCCUGCGUAUUUGUUCAAUUUAAGGACUAUGAUGAUCCGUCGCUAGGACGAUUUUGGAUAAGAAAGGGGCUGCUAGCUAGCCAUUGUUGCUAGCUAGAAAUGCUAGCCAGCUAGCUAGCUACGUCGUGAGUUGCCUGGGAAAGGGUUGUCCGAAUUUUCUGCGUUAGCAGCAAUGGAGAGGGUUCUCUCCUCUCGGUGGACCUAAUCACGGCGGCUGUAGCGGACUCAAAGACUUUGGCCGUGUCUAAUGCGUUCCGAUCAGGCUUGUCGAUUAUUGGAUAUCUUCUCACUUGGUGGGUCGCACGACAAAUUCCAGGAUUGGGAAAGUCGGGCCUGCUGUGGUGGAGCCGAGCAAGGCCCGUCUUUAUGAUCCAGAGGCCAUUCUAAUCCUAUUCACAACGACAACCACUGUGCUAGCCCCGCUAGCCCUGUCACCGUAAAGGAAGGAGCUGCAAAACCAGGAGAAGCAAGGGUGAUCGUGGGACAAAGCCAUUGCAAGAGGAAGCCAAUAUACAUUCACGUAAUUGAUAGAACCUGAAGGACUUUGCAAUGGCUGCAAUAAUCAAGGAAAUUGUAAGUCGAAACAAACGAAGGUAUCAAGAGGAUGGAUUCGAUUUGGACUUGACAUACAUAUAUCCGAAUAUCAUCGCCAUGGGUUUCCCAGCGGAAAGGUUGGAAGGAGUCUACAGAAAUAAUAUAGACGAUGUAGUCAGGUUUUUGGACUCAAAACACAAAAACCAUUACAAAAUAUAUAAUCUAUGUGCAGAACGACACUAUGAUACUGCCAAAUUCAACUGCAGAGUUGCACAAUACCCCUUUGAAGACCACAACCCCCCUCAGCUGGAGUUGAUCAAGCCGUUCUGCGAGGACCUCGACCAAUGGCUGAGCGAAGACGACAAUCAUGUGGCCGCCAUCCACUGCAAGGCAGGCAAAGGUCGCACGGGGGUCAUGAUUUGUGCCUAUCUGCUGCAUCGCAGGAAGUUUCAGGAGGCCCAAGAAGCCCUGGACUUCUACGGCGAAGUCAGGACCAGGGAUAAGAAGGGGGUGACCAUCCCCAGCCAGCGGCGGUACGUGUACUAUUACAGCUACCUGCUCAAGAAACAGCUGGAGUACCGGCCCGUCGCCCUCCUCUUUCACAAGAUGGUGUUCGAGACUGUGCCCAUGUUUGGCGGAGGAACAAACCGGGAAAGUACGGUAAAAAACAGGAGCGAACUCAACUCCCAGGGCUUCAAGAAAGGGAGCUGGCACUGGGACCCUCAGUUUGUCGUGUACCAGUUGAAGGUUAAGAUCCACACCUCCAACCCGGUGCACACCCGACGGGAAGAGAAGCACGUGUUCUUUGAGUUCCCGCAGCCUCUGCCCGUGUGUGGCGACAUUAAGGUGGAGUUCUUCCACAAGCAAAACAAGAUGAUGAAGAAGGACAAAAUGUUUCACUUCUGGGUGAACACCUACUUCAUCCCGGGACCGGAGGAGAGCGAGGAGCACGUGGAGAACGGGUCAGUGGUGAACGACGUCGGGGAGCUCCCGGCGCAACCCCCGAGCGCCCCCAUGGACCGAGGCGGAGCGGCCGACGGAGACCGGGACUACCUGAUCUUGUCCCUCUCCAAAAACGACCUGGACAAAGCCAACAAAGAUAAAGCCAACAGAUAUUUCUCACCCAACUUUAAGGUGAAGUUGUAUUUCACAAGGACAGCGGAGGAGCCGUCAAACUCUGAGGCCAGCACGUCCACCUCUGUCACUCCAGACGUGAGCGACAACGAGCCGGAUCACUACCGGUAUUCCGACACCACUGACUCCGACCCCGAGAACGAGCCUUUCGACGAGGAGCAGCACACACAGAUUACAAAAGUGUGAACUCAUAAAAAAAAAAACAAGAAAACGCAACAAGAAGACGAAAUACCAACCCACAACCGGAGAAAAAAAAAAAGGAGAAAACUUGAAAACUGAACUGAAGAAAGUACCUUUCCGCCCUCUCCCAAACGGCAAUAGAACAUUUGUGUCGCUUCAAAAGAAAACACGCCAUCAGUUAUAGAAGAAAGAAAAAAACAAAUAUCCUGACCAAUAUAUUGUUUUAUUUUAUUAUUACUAUAAUUAUUAUUUUAUGUGCGGAUAUUGACACAGUUGCCUGCUGGGGAAGGGGAGAAGGUCCUGUAGCUAUUCUGUGUACAUAAAAAAAAACAAAAGAAAAUCCCUUUUUGUGUCAAAGACAACAAAAUGCGUUGAAAAAUCAAGGCAAUCAGGAGAGGGAGGGAGAGGAGGGAUGGACACAGGACCCUCUCUCUCUCCUGUCCACACCAAGGCCAGUGCUGCAAUCACUUUUUUUUUUUUUCCUCUCUCUCUUCUCUCCUCCCCUCUCCCCCCUUCCUCUCCUUAUCUCCUCCUCUUCCUCCUCCUCCUCCCUUGCUCCCUCCCUCCCUCUUUACUGUGAAUGCUUCUUGUGCUGUCUGCAGGCUGCGUCCUCUGAACCCAGUGCAGUGGACAGUCCGUUGGUUCAGGUUGGGCCAGCCUGCGUAAAGGAGGCUAAGGUGUGUUGGCAACGCCAUCCUCCCCCCACCCCCCCCCCCUCCCCCACUGUGUAUAACGUUAAAUUAUGCAGAAAAAAAAGAAAAGAAAAAAAGGCAUCCCAUGUAAUUGUCAAUGUUUUUUUUAUCCUAAGAUAAUAAAAAAUCUAAUACACGAAACA